AUGGCAAUAGGCAACAUAUACGUAAUCGCUGCAGUUUCGGUUGUGGGCGGCGCCCUCUUCGGCUUCGAUAUUUCCAGUGUAUCCGCACAGCUGGGUGAGAAUUCAUACCGUUGUUACUUUAAUCAAGGCCCUAAAGGCCCACCGUUCACGGAUGAUGAUGAUUGUAAAUGGGCAAUCACCUGGGGUAUUUUGAUCAUGUACUACAUCAGUUACGGCUGCAGUUUCAUAGGAGAACAAAACUCACGCAACUACAACACUGCCUCCUGGCGUAUCCCUUGGGGUCUCCAAAUGAUUCCGGCUUUCUUCUUGUUUGGCAUGAUGAUUCUUCUCCCUGAGUCUCCCCGUUGGCUUGCUCGACAGGACCGGUGGGAAGACUGCCACGCUGUAUUGACCCUCGUUCACGGCCAUGGAGAUCCUCACCACCCCUUUGUGGCCCUCGAGUUACAGGAUAUCAAGGAUAUGCGCGCCUUUGAGGCCUCAAUUGCUGAUGUUACAUACUUGGAUCUCUUCAAGCCUCGAAUGCUCAACCGAACUGUCAUUGGUCUCUUUGAUCAGAUCUGGUCACAGCUUACGGGCAUGAACGUUAUGAUGUAUUACAUCUCUUACGUCUUUUCUAUGGCAGGUUAUAGUGGUAACGCAAAUUUGCUUGCCUCAUCGAUUCAAUAUGUCAUAAAUGUUGUCAUGACGAUCCCGGCCCUGCUAUGGAUGGAUCGCUGGGGGCGUCGCCCAACAUUGUUAAUUGGAGCGGCUUUCAUGGGCACGUGGAUGUUUGCCAAUGCUGGUAUCCUGGGAGCUCACGGUACCGUCAUUCCCGGUGGCAAAGAUGGGGUUCCCGAGGUUUCCAUGACAGUUUCUGGAAGUGCUGCAAAGGGCUUGAUUGCUUGCACAUACCUCUUUGUUGCCUCCUUUGCUCCCACAUGGGGGCCUGUCUCUUGGACUUACCCUCCAGAGCUGUUCCCUCUCAGACUUAGAGGCAAGGGAGUUGCGCUGUCCACUUCUGCCAACUGGGCCUUCAACACUGCACUGGGUCUUUUCGUUCCUGUCGCCUUCGAGAAUAUUCGGUGGAAGACUUACCUCAUCUUCGGCGUCUUCAACGUCGCUAUGUUUAUCCAUGUUUUCUUCAUCUUUCCUGAAACCGCCGGCAAGACUCUCGAAGAAACAGAAGCCAUGUUCGAAGACCCUAAUGGCAUUCCCUACCUUGGGACUCCCGCGUGGAAGACUAAGAAGGCUACCAAGCUUACUUCGCAAGCUGAACGUGGUGACAUCGAGUCAAAGCUUGCUCAUCACGAGCAUCAUGAGAAGAGUGCAGCUGCACCUCCUGCCGAGCCCGUCCCGGCUGCGACCCAAUAA